CUCUCUUUCUCUCUUUGUCUUAGCGAUUUCACCGUUUCUUAAUUUUAAGCUUUGAAAAAACCCCAAAAAGAAAAAAAAGAAAAGCGAAACGUUUCGCCUUUUCAGCUCUCAGCUCGCGUUUCUGAAGAUCCCCAUGACAAAUUGUUGAAAGCUCAAACAGAGUAAAACUUUGCGUGCAGUUUGGGACGCACUAGAGCUUGUAGGUUUUGUCAAAAAAGAAAAAAAAAAAAAUAGUGAUUAGAGACACAAGUGAUCAAAAUUGUGUUUAUCUUUGGUUGGUGAAGUGGGAAUAUACUGUUAUUUAACUUCCCAUGCUGUAUUUGUGGAGAUAUUUUGGGGAUUUUUUUGAUAUGGGUUUUGUUUCUGGAUCAUAUUAAGUGGGUUGAGUAUAUUUGUUUUUGUACAUAUAAAACCCUAGUUAGGUCUGGCUCUGGAGAGCUACUUAGACUCCAGCCACCAAGGGGCGGUGCCCCCCAUGGCACCUUCUCGGGUGGCUGGAGGGUUAACCCAAUCUUCCUCAAGUUCCGGAAUAUUCUUCCAGGGAGACGGGCAGUCCCAGGCUGUAGUUAACUCUCACCUGAGCUCAUCUUUUGGGAACUCUUCUAAUUCAAUUCCGGGAACUGGGCGUUCAAAUUUGGGUCCGGUUUCGGGUGAUAUGAACAAUGCUGCAUUGAACAGUGUGGGAAACUCGGGACCAAGUGUUGGGGCAAGUUCCUUGGUCACAGAUGCAAACUCUGCACUUUCGGGAGGUCCCCAUUUACAAAGAAGUGCAAGCAUCAAUACGGAGUCUUACUUACGUUUGCCAGCAUCACCUAUGUCAUUCUCUUCCAAUAAUAUCAGUAUUUCAGGCUCAUCAGUUAUGGAUGGGUCUUCUGUAGUGCAGCAAAAUUCUCAUCAAGACCAGAAUGCGCAACAUGUGCAGCAGCCGCAGGGGGCUUCAAGUGCUACAUCAUUACCUACAUCACAAACUGGCCCAGCCUCACUUCCCAUGGGUGCACGAGUUGGAACUUUCAUUCAGGAUCCAAAUAACUUAGCCCAUGUGCAGAAGAAACCCCGGUUGGAUAUCAAGCAGGAAGAUAUCUUUCAGCAGCAGGUGUUUCAACAUCUUCUGCACCAGCGACAAGACCCCAUGCAAUUCCAAGGUCGUAGCCCGCAGAUACAAGUGUUGCUUCAGCAGCAGCAGCAGCAGAGACUACGUCAACAGCAACAGCAACAGAUUUUGCAGUCUAUGCCACAGUUGCAGAGAGCCCACCUGCAGCAGCAGCAACAACAGCAACAGCAACAGCAACAGCAACAGCAACAACAACAGCAACAGCAGCAGAUGCAGCUGAGGCAGCAAAUGCAACAGCAGGCAAUGAUGCCAGUCUCAACCAUGAAGCGUCCCGAGAGUGGUGUAUGUGCUCGACGGUUGAUGCAAUACCUAUAUCAUCAGAGGCAACGGCCACCUGACAAUACUAUUGUGUACUGGAGGAAGUUUGUGGCAGAGUAUUACUCUCCUCGUGCAAAGAAAAGAUGGUGCUUAUCAUUGUAUGAUAAUGUUGGGCAUCAUGCACUUGGUGUUUUCCCCCAGGCAGCUAUGGAUGCAUGGCAGUGUGAUAUUUGUGGUUCCAAAUCUGGAAGGGGAUUUGAGGCAACUUUUGAAGUACUUCCUCGACUUAAUGAGAUCAAAUUUGGCAGUGGAGUCAUUGAUGAACUUCUGUUUUUGGACUUGCCACGGGAAUGUAGAUUUCCUUCUGGAGUAAUGAUGUUAGAAUAUGGCAAAGCAGUCCAAGAGAGUGUCUAUGAGCAACUUCGUGUUGUUCGUGAGGGUCAGCUUCGUAUUAUAUUCAGCCAAGACCUGAAGAUAUUGUCUUGGGAAUUUUGUGCAAGGCGACAUGAAGAGCUUCUUCCUCGUAGGUUGGUUGCACCACAGGUGAACCAGUUUGUUCAGGUUGCACAGAAAUGCCAGAGCACUAUUGCUGAAAGUGGAUCUGAUGGGGUUUCUCAGCAGGAUCUUCAAACAAACAGCAAUAUGGUACUGACAGCUGGGCGCCAGCUUGCAAAGAGUUUGGAGUUACAGUCAUUGAAUGACUUGGGUUUUUCCAAAAGAUAUGUGAGGUGUUUGCAGAUUUCUGAAGUCGUUAAUAGUAUGAAAGAUCUAAUUACUUUCUGCCGGGAUCAAGACAUUGGGCCAAUUGAGGGCUUGAAAAACUAUCCUCGACAUUCCUCCACGGCCAAGCUCCAGAUGCAAAAGAUGCAGGAGAUGGAGCAACUAGCUAAUGUUCCAGGUCUUCCAACUGAUCGGAACUCUAUCAAUAAGCUAAUGGCAAUGCAUCCUGGACUAAAUAACCAAAUAAGCAACAAUCAUAACAUGGCUGGUCGAGGAGCUUUAAAUGGUCCAGCACAAGCUGCUCUGGCACUGACCAGUUACCAAAAUAUGCUUAUGAGGCAGAACUCUAUGAAUUCAAAUCCUCACUCACUCCAACAGGAGGCUUCGUCUUCCUUCAAUAAUUCUAAUCAGAGUCCAUCUUCCAAUUUCCAAGGGGCAGCUGCUUUAAUACCAGGAUCCAUGCAGAAUUUACCAACUAGUGGCUAUUCAAGUCCUCAUUUACCUCCCCAACAGCCACAGCAACUGCUGCAGCGCUCACUGAGUGCCAAUAACUCGCUCCAACAAAACCAUCCACAGAGCUCCCAAGGCAAUCAGGCCUUACAACAACAUCAAAUGAUCCAACACCUGCUGCAGAUGUCUAAUAACAGUGGGGGAGGGAUGCAACAGCAAUCUCUUUCUGGUCAAAAUGCAAAUGGGAGUGUGGCAAGGAAUGGAGCGGGGUUUGGAGGCAACAAUACAGCAGCAGCAGCUGCAUCCCCAGCUAAUGCAUCGGGAAGUAAUGGGCCCGGGCCUGCUCCAAGCCGGAGUAACAGUUUCAAAGCUGCUUCAAAUAGUGACUCUGCAGCUGGUGGCAAUAAUGGAUUCAACCAGAGAUCUCCAGAUCUGCCACAGAAUCUUCAAUUGCAGGAUGAUAUAGUAGUUCCAGAUAUAGCCCAUGACUUCACGGAAAACGGAUUUUUAAAUAGUGACUUCGAUGAUAAUAUGGGUUAUGGCUGGAAGGCAUGACUAACAUAAUUUGGUCCAAUCAAUUGUUCAGUUCUGUUGGGUAUGUGUCCACCAUAUAUCUUUGUACAGGAUAUUCGCAAUAGCUCGGUUUCUUGUUACUUUUUUUUUCUUUUUUUCCCUAUCAAUUAUGGAAUUUGUUGUGACAUCACGCACUUGUACUCAGUAGGUAUUUAGACAUCUUUUUCAAUGGAUUUCUGUCUCCAAGACUUGCAAGUGUAAUCUAAUAGACAAAAACUAAGGACAGUUUCGUAUUAAUAUGAUGUUUACUUGUUUCUUA